GGAGGAGGAAACAGUUUCUUACCGGUGCUAUUUCGCUGUUGCACACAUUUGGAAAGUGCUGCGCCAGGAAUACUCUACACACACACACACACACAUCUCAGAGUCUAACAGGUGAAACAGCAAAACUACAACACACACGGACUGAACUACGACACGUGUAGACAGGUGGAGUCCGUGCGCGGGCGGAGAGAGGAGCGCGUGCUGCUGUUAGAGAAGCGUGUCGGCGCCGCGCGGCUUCAUCAUGUGGCUGCAUGUCAGCUAACAGCGAGUCAGAGGCAACGCGACAAACACGUUAAACUGUUUUCAGCACAGUCUUGGAGGUGACGUGUACCCAUCUUAGAAGUCGACCGUGAUGGCCAAGCUCCAGGGCUUCGAGUUCUGGAAGAAGACCCUGAAAGAAGCGCGCUUCGUGGUGGCACCCAUGGUGGACCAGAGCGAGCUGGCCUGGCGCCUGCUGAGCCGUCGUCACGGCGCUCACCUCUGCUACACCCCCAUGCUGCAUGCUCAGGUGUUCGUCCGUGACGCCAACUACAGGAGGGAGAACCUGUACAACGAGGUGUGCGAAGAGGACAGACCUCUCAUCACGCAGUUUUGUGCCAAUGAUCCAGAGGUGUUCCUUAAGGCCGCUCUGCUGGCCCAGGACUACUGCGACGCCAUCGACCUCAACCUGGGCUGUCCGCAGAUGAUCGCUAAGAGAGGGCGCUAUGGAGUUUUCCUGCAAGACGAAUGGGAGCUGUUAGAGAAAAUGGUCAGGUUAGCCAAUGAAAAGCUCUCUGUGCCGAUCACGUGUAAGAUCCGUGUGUUCAAGGAGGUCGAAAAGACGGUCCGCUAUGCCCAGAUGUUGGAGAAGGCUGGAUGUCAGCUGUUGACCGUGCACGGCAGAACCAAAGACCAGAAAGGAGCCAUGACGGGUAUCGCGAGCUGGGAGCACAUCAAGGCAGUGCGGAAGGCAGUAAAUAUUCCAGUGUUUGCCAACGGCAACAUUCAGCACCUGAGUGAUGUGGAGCGCUGCAUUCAGGAGACGGGCGUGCAGGGAGUCAUGAGUGCAGAGGGGAACCUCCACAACCCAGCACUAUUUGAGGGAUGCAGCCCCCCAGUGUGGGAGAUGGCUGAGGAGUAUCUGGAGGUGGUGAAGCAGUAUCCACCCUGCACUCUGUCCUACGUACGAGCUCACCUCUUCAAGCUGUGGCACCACACGCUACAGAUUCACCAGGAUCUCAGGGAGGACUUGGCCAAGGUGAAGACCCUCGAGGGUUUGGCCGAUGUCAGCAAACAGCUGAGGCUGCGCUGUCAGGAGGAGAUAGCUAAAGGAAAGGAAGAGGAGGAUAAGGAAGGUGGCCUGCCGUUCCCCCACUGGAUCUGCCAGCCGUACGUCAGACCACCGCCAAAGGAGCCGGUUGCCAAUGGUAACAGCCAGUGUUCAGAGGUGAAGAAGACGGUGUGUCAAAAGAGGGCACUGGAGGACUCAGACGGUACGGCUGACACACUGUCCAAAAACAAGCAGAAGAAGAGAUCCAGAAACCCCAACAAGAACUUUUGUCCCGAGCAGAAACCCAAAUACAUCAAAUGUGAACAGUGUGGGAAUCCAAAGGGAAAUAAAUGUGUCUUCAACCUGUGUCGAGGCUGCUGCAAGAAGAAGGCCUUCAAAGAAGUCGCAGACUGUCCAAGCCACGGACUGAGGUUCAAGACCAAGGCAGAGAAACAGAAAGCCGAGGAGGACGAGAAGAAGGAGGGCUCUGCGACAGAGACGAUCCAGAUCCCAGAUCCAAGUCCAGAGCUACCGCUAUGAGCAGGACUCUGACUGUGACUGUCUCUACAUGCACAAACAUACUCAGACCAGUUAACAGUUACAUGAAAGUAAGGUCGGCUAUCAUGGUCGUAGUUCAUCACCAUUAUAUCGUGAUUUUGCUGGUGAUGAACUCGUGAGGGGAAGCGGUUUAUCCGAGUUGCAGUUGGAGGUUAGUUAAAGGUUAGUGUGUGCAUGUGGAGGGAGCCAAAGAUUCAGUCAGGACAUCCAGUAUACACAGCUGCUAAGUGACCUCCACAAAGAGACUGAUGGUGAUUGACUCUGAUCAACAGCAGAUUUUAUUUGUUCCAGAAUAAUUUUUAAAGCUUUUUGACUAUCUUUUUUUUGUUGUUGUUGUUGGGACAUUCUGUCAUCAAGACACAUUUUAUGAGGAUAAGUUUGAACAUUAUUUUAUCUAAAGAUGUUACAGAGCCACCUGCCAGUGUCAGGCUCACAGAGAAAAUCGCAUAUCCUUAAGAGUUUUUUUUUUUUUGUUUUGUUUUUUUUGUUUUUUCCAUUCAAGGUCAUGAAUACUGUUGCAUUUUCAUUAGUGAAUCUAUUUAUUUUUGGGUAAAGGCUUUCCUGUAGUGCACUGACUCAUGUAUGUGCCUUUUGAUGAUGAUGACAUGUAUCCACAUGUGAACUUGAGCUCACAGGGAGCAAAAGACGAGAACAAGAUCAAAGUGGUGCUCAUCUGAUCUUAUCUAAGACGUGCUCAGUGACUACGCAAACCAAAACAAAUAUGUUUAGAGGUGCUAUCUGUACAGUUGUGCAUACAGUGGGAAAAGAAAACGCUGACAUUCUGUCACUUCCAUCGGUAAGAAGCUGUGCAUCAAAUCCAUCUCUGUAAGAGAAAUGUUUAAAAAAAACAAGAACACUGUGGAGACUUUUUUUUUUUGGCAGAACAGAACUCUUUUGGGAACCAAAAGUGUGCCAACUUUGGCAGAACUUUGGGAGAAUAUGCUUUAAAGUACCAUCUCAACCCCUAAAAUGUCAUUUACCAAUACAUUUUAUUACCAGGGCCAUUUAAACAAGACAAAAAGGAGCCCCUGCCGACCUCCUCUCCCUGUUUUUAUAUGUGCCAUCUUUGUGGAAUUAUGUGUGCAUAUAUUCAUGAGUUAUCUUGUUUUUAUUGAUGACCAAUACAAAAGACAUGAGUCUG